UUAUUUACCAGAAGUCCAGAGCUGAAUAUUCUCAUGCAUGAAUUGCUAACUGAACAGGUAUCAAACAGCGCUUAAAGCAGCAAUUAAAAAAAAUAAUAAAUUAAACAAAGUCAAAGAAGCGAAAGUAUCAAUAGUGUCAAAAGUGUCGCCAUUUGAAGCUAUAUACGGCGAACUAAUCUUAAAGGAAGGAAAAUUGAACACAGUUACUGAUAUGUUAACAGAAGUUGAGGAUGUGGUCGAUCGCUCUGAGGGUUUUGACGUUGAAUUCUGGAGCUCGCUGUUUGACAAUAUUCCGCAAAGAUUCGAAGAAGAAGAAAAAAUGUGGAAAGGUUUGGGGAAUUUGUUAUUCGAAAAGAGCAUUGAUGACGAGCCAGACGAGCCCAUUGGCACUGCGCGUUGGUUAUCAACGUUCUGUGGCUGCAAUAUCUGGCAACCGGACAAUUAUGGGCUAUCGGGACUUGAAAAAUUUUCAGAUUUUACCCCAAUGGGGCCGACGAAGUCUUUCAAAAAGAGAAAGAAUUCAAAGGAUUUGAAAAAAGCCAGGAAAAGGAUUGCAAGGUCAUGUUAUGGCUUGGAGUGUUUGGAUGUUGCAGCCGGUGACUGGAUGAACCGUUUGCAGAAGUCGCGUUAUUCCUUGAGGUCCAAUGAAAAGAGAAAGAAAACAUUGGCUGAAGCCAGAGAAAAGCUUAAAGCGUUACUUGAUGACAUGGAGGACAAGCCCGAAGCAACUGAUUACAACAGAACCAAUUCAUCGAAGAACGAGGUUUUUGGCCAAAAAUCCUGUACAGAACCAGAGGCCGAUGGCGAUGUGUUGCAGUCAGAACCAAAGUCGAGUUAUUCCUUGAGGUCUAAUGUAAAGGGAAAAAAUGCAUUAAAAGAAGCUAAAGGAAAGGGGCCGAAGUCUCGAAAAAAGGGGAAGAAUUCAAAGCAUUUGAAAAAAGCCAGAAAAAGGUCGCGUUAUUCGUUGCGGUCCAGUGAAAAGAGAAAAACAUUAACAGAAGCCAAGGGAAUGAAUCAUUACUCCCUACAACCAGAGACUGGGGAAAAAAGAAAGUACCCAGAUGAUGAAAAACACAACGGCCAGAAUAUACAGAGUAUCGAGAAUGGACCACUGCAUAAUCGCUGGGAAUCUUCUCUAACAUCUGCACGAAAGCGGGACAAAAAGAAAUCAUUCCUCCCGGAGAGUGGAGCCUCCGGCUCGAGUUCAAAUUGUUCAACUGUCGAACCAGAGCCUGCAUUAGAGUCAGAGUCAGAAUCAGAGUCGUCAGAUGAAAGUGACGUCCAAGACUGCUAUUACCCAUUCGACAAAUUGGCUAAAGACUUGAAAAGAAAUUCAAAAACCGAAAGAUACAAAAACUUAGUUAAUUCGUGCAUUUCUGAAAGCGUUGGAUGGGAAAAGAAUCAAGCAGUGCUCGACAGUCUUUAGACUACUAAGUGCAUGGAGUAUGAAUACGCUAUACUACCAUGACAUAUGCAAUAAAUUGCGAGCACAAUGCCACCCCUAAACUAAUUGAUACAUCUUCAUGUAUAUAGCAUAUUGACGCAU